GCAUCGGUGACGAGAAAUGGGGUAUGAUGUAGCACGUUUUCAAGGGGAUGUUGAUGAAGAUCUUAUUUGCCCCAUCUGUAGUGGGGUUUUGGAGGAGCCAGUGCAGGCGCCUCAUUGUGAGCACGCUUUUUGCAAUGCCUGUAUCACCCAGUGGUUCUCCCAACAGCAGACGUGUCCUGUCGACCGAAGUGUUGUGACUGUGGCUCACCUGCGCCCUGUUCCCCGGAUCAUGCGUAAUAUGCUAUCUAAGCUGCAAAUCACCUGUGACAACGCUGUUUUUGGUUGCACUGCUGUAGUGCGGCUCGACAACCUGAUGUCUCACCUCAAUGACUGCGAACACAAUCCAAAGCGGCCUGUGACCUGUGAACAGGGGUGCGGCUUGGAAAUGCCCAAAGAUGAGUUGCCGAAUCACAACUGUAUAAAACAUUUACGGUCAGUAGUGCAGCAACAACAGACGAGAAUAGCUGAAUUGGAAAAGACGUCUGCAGAACACAAGCAUCAAUUAGCUGAGCAGAAACGGGACAUACAGUUGUUAAAAGCAUACAUGCGAGCGAUACGUAGUGUCAAUCCCAACCUGCAGAAUUUGGAGGAGACUAUUGAAUAUAAUGAAAUCCUUGAGUGGGUGAAUUCCUUGCAGCCAGCCCGGGUAACCCGGUGGGGUGGUAUGAUCUCUACACCAGAUGCUGUACUCCAAGCUGUAAUCAAGCGUUCCUUGGUGGAAAGUGGCUGCCCCACAUCCAUCAUCAAUGAAUUGAUAGAAAAUGCCCAUGAACGGAACUGGCCCCAAGGCCUGGCCACCCUAGAAACUCGCCAGAUGAACCGACGCUAUUAUGAAAACUAUGUAGCCAAACGCAUCCCAGGCAAGCAGGCUGUGGUUGUGAUGGCCUGUGAGAAUCAGCACAUGGGAGAGGAGAUGGUGCUAGAGCCAGGCCUGGUGAUGAUAUUUGCACAUGGAGUGGAAGAAAUUUAAAGACUCAACAGAGAUUAUGAAACUGUGUGCUUGAAAAUAUAUAU